AUGUCAGCCACUAGCCCGGAAGAUUUGAAAGAUAUUUUAGAUUUCGUCAAAGAAUCAGAUGGGACUUUUCUUUCUUCGCAUUGUGAGAUCAAACCUUCUAAGCUAGGUGGGUUAGGGGUAUUCAGCACUAAAGAUAUUCAUGAAGGCAGCGUUUUGUUACGUGUGCCCAAAUCCUCGAUCUUUUCUUCAUCCAAUUCCGCGGUUGCAAAUUUAUUAUUAGAUGAAGAAAUCGAUGGUAUGCUAGCAUUAAAUAUUGCAUUUAUCUAUGAAACUACCGUUUUCAGGAGCACUAGUCAUUGGUAUAAAUAUUUGAAAAGUAUCAAAUAUGAAGAUAAUGAAGGUACUUUGUAUUUACCUCCAAGCAUGUGGGAUGCCAAAGUGAAGAAGUGGUUGAAAGAUACUACUUUUGAUGCAUUACAUGAUGCAUUAAGUCCUCAGGAUGAAUUGCAAGAAGGUUUUGAAAUUGCAAUUAAUUUAGCCUUAAAAUGGGGAAAUGAUUUUGGUUUAGAAAUUCCAAAGGGGUUUUUAGAUGUUGAUAUUGAAGAUGAGAAAGAUGUCAAACUAAAGUAUUCAAGAUUUGUCGCUACAGCAUUUGCCAUAUCAUCCAGAGUUUUCGAAAUUGAUAAUUACCAUGAAAGUGCAUUGGUUCCAGUUGCUGAUUUGUUUAAUCAUCAUGUAUCUACCCCAAAUGUUCGAUUUAUUUCCCUGUAUGAAGUUUGUUAUAAAUGUGGUGAGCCUGGUAUGUGCAAACAUCUAAUAGCCGAGGAAGUUAUUGAAGAACAAAAGAAAGAAAAAUCUAUGGAAAUCAUAGAAAAUCCUUCUCAAGAUUCUAUAGUGGAUACGGAACUCAUCCAAUGUCUCGAAAAUGGUGAUUUUGAUGAAGAAGAUAACAGCAUGUCAGAAAAUGAAAAUAAUGAUAGCCAAGAUGAAGAUGACAAUGUUACUGAAGCUGCUAACGAUAUAUACGGCAAUAAAAUAGAUCCUGAAGAUUGUGUAGAAUUGGCUGUCGUAGUUCCAAUCUCUGAAGGGGAAGAAAUUUUUAACUCUUAUGGUGAAAUGCCGAAUUCAUAUCUUAUGGCUAGAUAUGGGUUCUGUGUUAGAGAAAACCCCUCAGACCUCCUAUAUCUUGGCAAACAACUGAUAUCAUUAGCAGCAAAGGAUAGGAAAAUUCACGAAAGAUUAGAUUUUUGGAAAAAUACUAUUUAUGAGCCAUUCAUAGAGUGGUAUCAACUUGAAAGAAAAGAGUCGGAAGAAGAUGAUGAUCAUGAAAUCUCUGAUUGUAAAGAUCAUGACCAUAGUACUCCUGCAAGUGCAGAAGAAUCGGAUGAAUAUUCAGAUAAUGAUGAAGAAAAUGACAUAGAGGAGUCUGUUAAGCCUUGGUUAUCCGAAAUAUGUCUUGAUUGUGAAGGAGAGCCAACUAUUUCACUCACAGCAUUAUCUAACUUGAUAUCGAUGAAAAAUACAGUGUACAAAAAUUUUGUCAAAAAAAUAGAAUCUUCGAAGGAGGAAGAUAACGGGAGAAAGAUUUAUCAAACUUUAAUUUCCACUAGAUCCAAUAAGGAUGUCAACACAUUUGUGAGAGCAUUAUUGAAAGAUGUGAGAAUCUUCAAGUUACCAAAAUCAAAAGACGAAUUACCAAAAGAUGUACAAGUCAGCGUUUUUGAAUCACUACUAAGUAUUUUAGCCGCUGAAAAUCGCAUGAUAGAAAUUGCCAAAAAUAAAUAUUUAUAG